AUGAAAAGGCAUAGUAUCGGAAAACGAUUUAAAAAGCUUAAGGGAAUGAAUAAAGCUGAUCCUGAUGCGAUUAUACCAGAAACUCCAAAAUUAAUAGAAGAUUUUAUAGAAUCUCUAAAUUAAUAAGGAGCUGUAAUAAACAAAGUUAAAUAUGCAAUUUUUUAAACAAAAAAUGGUUUAAAAUACCCAGGCCUUAUUGGUAUUUAAUGAUUAUAAAUCUAGCAACUGAGACUAUUGUACCAAAUGAUAAUCUUGUCACUCUUCCAAGAGAAACACUACUUACUACUAGAUAGGCAUUUGAGUCCCCUUUAAAACCUAUGUUUCUAGAAUAUCCAUAAAUUUUUAGCCCUCAAUUUAUACCUUCAUGGCAAUAUAAUAUAAUUCUAACAUUUUUGCUUUAUGAAUAUUAAAAAGGUCCUGAAUCAAAAUGGCAUCUACUUAUUAAUAAUUUUCCUAAGGAUAUAGAUUAUGCAGUAUAUUGGAAAUCUGAGGAUUUAGAAUUGUUAAAAGAUAAAUAUAUGGUAAAGCAUGCUAAAACAAAGAAUGGAUAUCUUAUUGCCACAUUUUAAAGUAUUUAAUAUAUUGCAAGUAAAUUCCCUUCUCUCUUUAAACCAAAAAUUGUAACAUUAGAAAAUAUUAUUUGGAUUCACACAAGUAUUGUUACAAGAUGUUUUGGAGGUUAGGGUUUAAAGUAUGUUACUAUGGUACCAUUUUGUGAAUUAUUUAAUCAUGAGAGUGCUGAUGUUUGUUAUGAUCUUUAAUAAAAUGAUGGAAGUACAAAAUAUGGUUAUGAGUUUAUGACAUAAAAAUUAGUUAAAGGAUAAAAAGAUGAUGAUGAAUUAUCAAUUGAUUCUUUUGAUAAUUCAUAACAUUCAGAAGAUGAUAUUAGUGAUUCUGAAUAUAUCACUGGAGAUUAUAAUGAAUAUCAAGAAUUUGAUUUUGAUGGAUUUACAAAUAAAAUAACUAACCAUUUUUAAGAAAACUUGAAAAAAAUACCUUCAAUUUAAGAAUAAUAACAAUUAUAUACAAAAAUGAUGAAAGAAUUUAAUAUUAAAUUCAAUAUUUAAAGAGAUGUUUUCUAAUUAGCUAUUGAUUCUAAAGCAAUCUUAUUUCAAAACCUUGAUUUUGGAGAUAAUUUUUCUAUCUUGUUUUUAGGCUAUAUUUUCUAUGCCUUAGAUACAUCCAUAAAAGAUUAUUUUGAUGAAAAUAUAUCUUCAUUUUAAGCUAGAUAAAUUUUUGAAAGAAUCAAAAAUAUUUGUACUACAUAUUUAGAUAAUUGGUACACCUUUAAUAAUGUUGUCAAGAAAAAUCCAAUCUAAAAAAAAAUUAAUUUUUUUGCUUAAAAAAUUGGAUAAAAACCAACCAAAAUCAUUCCAACUGUUGAAUUAUUGUUAUCGAAGCCCAUAGAUCGAAGCAAAGAUUAUUAUAAAAAUGUUUGGGAGAAGGAAAAUUUUAAAAAUCUACUUAUGAGAACUAGAGAUUACUUUGAAAAAGGAUCUCAGGUUUAUUUUUGUUAUAGUCAAUUAUCAAACAGAUAGAUGAUCCUCAAAUAUGGAAUGGCAUUGGAAUACAAUAAAUUUAAUAGUGCUUUUUUGAGAGUUGAAUAUUUUGAAUAUCUUAAUAAAAAGUAAGCCAAAUGGUUAGCACAUCAAUUUAAAUUAGAUAAAUAUAAAAGAUUUAAAUUAAAAUUUAUAAAACCACCUUAUGAAUUAAUUAUUUUCUGUAAAUUAGUUUAUUGGUAAUAUAUAAGUUAAAAUCUAUUAGGGAUUUGAAUGUUUAAUCUGUAGAUACUAUAUUUUAAAUCUAAGAUUUAUAAUUAGAAAAAUAAGGAUUAUCUUUAGCUCUUACUAUUCUUGAAAAAGAAAAUUCUUAAUUUACAGAAAAAAUUGAAGACCUUGAAAAAUAACUCUUUGACAAAUCCUUAGGAUAUCAUGAAUAUUUUGCAUUAGUUUACAGAUUAGAAAGAUUAAGAAUCUAUAAUUAUAAUAUUAAGUAAUUUAUUGCAUUUAAUUAGUCUAAUCAAAAUUAUGAUAGUAGUUCUUGACAAAAUAAUGAAAGGAGUUCAAUUUGAAAAAGCUAUUGAAAAAACAGAUUAUGAUUUUGAUUUUUACUAAACUAAUCGUUACACUUUAAAGAGAUACUUUGAUGAAUUGAGAUGUGUUAUAAAUAAAUCUAAAUGA